AUGGUCGCCAAGGGAGUCGGGGCCGUGGUGAUGAGUAGCAUGGCCAAGAUCUACAGCGAUAAGGACUGCAGCCCUGGGGCUGCUUCGAAGUACGUGGUGGAAGCGGCCGCAGACUUCGCGCUCGCGCUACUUUCCUUCAAUGUCGACGUAGACUCCGAGAAGUUGCUGCGGGCGAUCAAGGACAUGAAGGCGGAUGUUCCCGAAGCGUGCCAGCAGCUCGUGAUUUUCCAAGAGAAGGGCUUUCUCAAACCCAAGUCCAUGCGAUGGAAUCUCGCGAUUCGCGUGGUGUGCGAGAUGGGCCAGGUCAGAACUCCCAGCGGGGCCCAGGUCAUCGGCAAUGAGGUAAUAAAGGUGCUCGAAGUGUGCAAGGACUCGUUCAAGUUCUGCAGUGGUGCGCAGGAUGAAGAGCCCUGGGUGGUUGGGACCGAAGCAACCUACAACCUGACGUUCCACGAUGCCCUCGACAAGCUCUACGGCGCAGUUCUGACGUUCGUGGCCCACGACGCCGCGGCCCUCGAGAACGACGCGGCGGCUUUCAAGGAGAGGAUCUGCAAGAUGAAGGGCAAGGACCUCGGCGCCAUGUGCAAGCAGGAGAAGUACAACUUCUCAGUCCCGAAGUCGUACGACAUGUUCCCUGAGCAGAAGCAGGCCGUGCUGAAUGAAAUUGUGAAGUGUUGGGAGGCCACCUGCCCCGACUUCAAUAUCGUCAAGCUCGCUGGCCGCUGCGUGAAGGGCGAAGCUUCGCCUGCCGAUGUCAUGGGGGGCCUGCGUCUCUCGAUGCCAGCUCCGCCCGCGGGCGCCGGCGCCGGGGGCGCCGCCGCGGCGACGUCGAGCGGCGACCUUCCCGCGGAGGUCACCUGCGAAGACGACGAGGACAAGACGCACUACGUCGAUCAGUGUUUCAAGAAGGCGUGCGAGGCGGAGGUUGGCAUUGAGAAGGAGGUGGAGCUCAAGCCGCCAGGGGAGAGGCUCUUCCCGCUGCACCUUGAUCCCAAGUUGCAGGGGGUUGGCUUGGAGAAGCUGGUGCUGGAGCAGAAGGCGCACUCAUCUUCCACGGUGAUGGUCAUCAAGCAGAGCGAGCCUGGCGACGUGCAGCUCAACCUUCGCGGCAGUGUGGUCGAGUACGAGGAGACGCGCGGGUUGUCUGAGUCGUCGCUGCUGCACCUUGGAUCCUCCAACGGCGUUUCGCUCUUCCUCAACGGCAGCAGGUUCCAGAACUUCGAGAGGAGCGACUUUAACUUGGCGUGGCUGGUGAAGGUGGCCCCAGACAAGAAAGCAGACGAUUCGUCAUCCCACGCGCCCGAGGUCAAGAAGAGGAAGAGCAAUAAGAAGGAGGUGCCACCCGUGAUCACUCGCAAGUUGGCGUUCGAGUCGGUCGAGUUCGACCUGGUGGACCCGAGGACCAAGCAGGUCUACGUUUCUCACGACCAGAAGAUCGGCGAGCUGCUGCGCGAGAAGGCCGCUGGCGUCGGCGAUGUCAUCGCAAAGAAGAUGCCGAAGGCUCCGACCACAUCUUUCGCGAUCUGUUGA